AUGAGAGUGAGUCAAGUGACAUACACUGUCUUAUCACUCUUCGCCGCUGGUGUUUUGGCCUACGAUCAGAAUUUCAAAUUAAGAACCACAAUCAAUGAAGUUGAAGUCCAUGUACAGAUUAAUCCUGAUACUCAAUAUGUCGAAUUCAUUGGUACUGAUGUCGAUCAAAGAUUUAGAUUUAGUGAUGACAAUGAAUUGGUUUUGAAUGAUGAUCAAUCAACCUUGAUUGGUGUUACACCAUCUGAUCUUGUCAUGAAGACUUAUCCUGUAACUGAAGACUUGGGAACUGAUAAUUCCUGGACUCUUGAAACUAAUGAAGAUGGUAAUGAAGUUUUGGUGUACAAUAUGCCAAUUUUUGCAUGUGGAGAUGCGGCUCCUUAUACUAUUUCAACUAAUGAAGAAUUGGGUUGUGCUGCUCUUGGUGACUUAAUUCGUUUUGAUUCAGUCUUGAAUGAAGAGUUGGUGACUGAACCAGUCGACACAGAAGAGCCAGUUGAGGAGCCAACUGAGCCAACUGAAGAACCAGAAGAACCAACUGAAGAACCAGAAGAACCAACUGAGGAACCAAUUGAAGAGCCAGUUGAGGAACCAACUGAAGAACCAAUUGAAGAGCCAACUGAACCAACUGAGGAACCAACUGAGUCAACUGAGCCAGUUGAGGAACCAACUGAACCAACUGAAGAACCAAUUGAAGAGCCAACUGAGGAACCAACUGAGUCAACUGAGCCAGUUGAGGAACCAACUGAGGAACCAACCGAGCCAACUGAACCAACUGAAGAGCCAACUGAGCCAACUGAGCCAACUGAAGAGCCAACUGAGGAACCAACUGAGUCAACUGAGCCAGUUGAGGAACCAACUGAGGAACCAACCGAACCAACUGAACCAACUGAAGAGUCAACUGAGUCAACUGAACCAACUGAAGAGUCAACUGAGCCAGUUGAGGAACCAACUGAGUCAACUGAACCAACUGAAGAGCCAACUGAGCCAGUUGAGGAACCAACUGAGGAACCAACCGAACCAACUGAACCAACUGAAGAGCCAACUGAGCCAACUGAGUCAACUGAGGAACCAACUGAAGAGCCAACUGAAGAGCCAACUGAGGAACCAACUGAGUCAACUGAGCCAGUUGAGGAACCAACUGAGUCAACUGAACCAACUGAAGAGCCAACUGAGGAACCAACUGAGUCAACUGAGCCAGUUGAGGAACCAACUGAGGAACCAACCGAACCAACUGAACCAACUGAAGAGCCAACUGAGUCAACUGAGGAACCAACCGAGCCAACUGAACCAACUGAAGAGCCAACUGAGUCAACUGAGGAACCAACUGAAGAACCAAUUGAAGAGCCAACUGAAGAGCCAACCGAGCCAGUUGAAAUUGCUCUCCCCACUGACGCUGUCAUCCCAGAUGAAUCUUUCGAACUUGUCGCUCUUUUAUCUGGAUCUUUGGAAGCUUUUGAUUCUAAUGGUACUCACAUCACUAUUGCCAAUGGAGAAGUUGUGAAUUUCUUAAUAGAAGAUGGAUACUUGAAGGUUGGUGAAGAUCAAUAUGUCAGAAUUGGUGAAGAUGGUCUUUUAACCAUUGUUGCAUUGGCUGAUGCUACUGCUGGUUGGAGCAUACAAGGAAACGUGCUUGAAUUUUCAGUUGCUUUGAAACGUCGUACUCUUAGCAAACGUGAUGAACUUGUUCCAUUUUCGGUUUGUGCAGCCGAGGUUGGAUAUGUUGUUUAUGCUGGAUCUGGGGUUGGCUGUGAACCAAUACAAGUUGCUGCUCGUCAAUUCGAAGAUGUAGUUGAACCAACUGAAUCGAUCGAUGUUACUGAACCUACUGAACCUACUGAUGUUAUUGGAUCUACUGAUAUUACUGAGGCACCAGUGCCAACUGAGGAGCCAACAUCAUAUAUCACUAGAACUGUUGAUGUACUUGUUACUAUUACUGAGUGUGACGAAGAUGCCGUUUGUACUGAAAAGGUUGAAACUUCCAAGUCACUCGAGGCCGUCGUCACUGAUGCUCCAGACAGCGUUCUUACUACAUUGACUCAAGAAACAACCCUCACCAUCACAUCUUGUGAAGACGAUAAAUGUGCUGAAGCCGUUACCGUGCAAAAGACAAUCAUAACUACCUAUUGUCCUGCUUCAUAUGUAACUGAAACUGUUGUUAUCCCAUGCACCACUGACGUGACUUAUACUGUUGAAGAAUGUGCCACCGAUGACAAUUGUGACGUUUAUACUACUGAGAUUCACACCACUAGUUACACUACUGUUACCUUGACUACUUACUUAGUUGUCACUGAAGAAGGUCAAGCUGAAGCUACAGAAGCUCCAGUUGAAGUGACAGCAGCAGAAGAAGAAGUGGCAGCAGCAGAAGAAGAAGUUGCAGCAGAAGAAAAAGUUGUACCAGAAGAAGCUGCUCCAGAGCUUGCUGAAGAAGCCGUUCCACAAGAAGUUGUUUCAGAGGAAGCCGAGCAAAGUCAAGCUCUUGCUGGUGUUGCUUCAGAGCAAAUCUCACAAGAAGAAGAACAACAACAACAACAAGUUGCCAAUGAUGAAGUUGCAGAAUCUGUUGAGACAUAUGAAAACAGUGGUGUAACGAAUGCCUUGAACAUGAAAGCAUUGGCAGGAGCUGUCGCUAUUAUGAUUCCAAUGCUCUUGUAA